AUGUCUCUCUGUGAUUAUGAAUCCUUCCCUACAGCACAGAACCGGAUAGCUUUGCGGGGACCGGACAGCCCAUGCGAGGGCCGCUUGGAGGUGUACAAUGAUGGCGAGUGGGGCUUGGUGUGCUAUCAUGGUUGGAACAGUGAAAAUGGUCAAGAUCAUAAAAAUGGUGAGGUAGUGUGCAAAUCUCUGGGCUGUGGACAACAUGUUGAAUCUGGCCAUAACAAAGACAGUUACAAGAACCAUCAACUACCCACUAAAUAUUGGAUGGAUGAGGUAAAAUGCAGCGGAACAGAGAACAACCUGUGGGACUGUAAGAAACCCAGGGACACCCACUGUGAAGCGGACAACUACGUAACAGUGAAGUGCUCAGAGUCUGUGAAGCUGAGUUUGAACAUGAAUGGAAACAUGGAUGAGUGCGCCGGGGUCGUCCAGUUCAAAACAACACAGGGCCACGUUAGCGUGUGCAACAAUGGAUGGAAUAAAGACAAAGCUGAUAUGGUGUGUAAAGAGCUUAAUUGUGGAAAACAUCACACGAUCCCCCAGUCUGGAACCUUCCAAAGAUAUGGAGAACAAAUCUCAUACAGCGUAACUCUCCACUGCACUGGCAAAGAAACUUUCUCCUGGCAGUGUGUAGACUGGGUCCAAGCAAAAUCAAGCAAGUGCAACCAAGAGGCCAGCGUCAUCUGCUCAAAUUACAAAAGCAUGCGACUGACAGGUGAUGAUGGAGAUGUUUGUAAUGGGACACUGCAGCAGAAGAACAGCACUGGGAAUAGCAAUUGGGUUCCUGUACCAUAUGGAAAUGGAAGCUACAUUAAAGCUAAAGCUGAUGACAUAUGCUCCAAGCUGAACUGUGGUAAAUCCAGCAGCGUGACACAACGCAAGGGAUCUGAGAUUUGCCUCACAUGUACAGACCGUGUUAAAGUGGAGCUGGAGUACAGUUGUUAUGGGAAUAUCUAUGUGAGACUGAAUGACACCAUCCAUACUGUGUGCUCUGAUGGAAUGACUGAGGAGGCGCAGAGGAGGAUGGGGAAGGUGGUGUGCCAGCAGCUGAACUGUGGGAAACUGCUCACCAUCUCUCAGGGUUAUAAAGUGCAGAAUGGGCUGCUGAGGCAGGUGGACUGCAGUGGACAGGAGGACACGCUGUGGGAGUGUCUAGCCAGAUAUGGGCCUGGUCCCUGCCAGAGCACUGCCAGAGUCUCAUGUGCAGCGUUUACGAACGUGACUCUGGAGGACGGUUUGGGCAAAUGCUCAGGACGACUACAGGUGAAGUUUGAGGGCUUGGACUGGAACGUGAAUGCUACGGAAUGGACGAAGAAAAACUCAGACGUGGUGUGUGAACAGCUCAAGUGUGGAAAGUCGCAUGAAACUCAAGAAAAUCUUUUUGUCGGAAGCAAUCACAAUCAACUAGAGUGGAAUCUGAACUGCAGUGAUGGCGUCUCCAAACUGUCGCAGUGCACCUGGACUCAGAGGAAGGAUUCUAGAAAAAAAAUGAACGUCAACAUCAUCUGUGAAAAAGAGAAGCUCUGGUUCCUCCAAGGUGACUCGUCGUGUGAUGGGAAAGUGAAAGUGGAAUCUGCUGGAAAAAUUCUGCCUAUACAAGCGAAUGAAAUGCCCACAGAUGUCUGCCAGUGGCUGCACUGCGGGACUGUUAUCUGCUCUGCUACAACAGCAUCACAUGCCAGCUGCUCCAGAGAGAAUGCAACCACACAGAACACCACUGACCAUGUGAAGUGCUCAGGUUCUGUGGAGGUGAUGUUGGAGAACAAGGAGAAAGAGAAGGGCUGGGGGAAGGUGAAGGUGUGCAUGAAUGGCAUGUGUAGAGGAGUUUGCAAUGACACCUGGACAAAAAAGCUCUCCGACAUGCUGUGUGAAAACCAAGGCAGCGGGAAAGCCCUCAGCAAGGAGUACCGCGGUAGCACUGAGCCAGGACAGACCAUUGGCAGUGUCCACUGCUCUCAGGAGACACGUAAUCUCAGCCAUUGCUACUUUGCGCUCAUGAGUGCACAGUCCGCCUGCAAAACUCCAGUCCAUGUUUCCUGCACAGGAAGUGUGAAAGUCAAGCUUAAUGACCUCAGAGAUAAAUGUGCUGGACGACUUGAGCUGUUUUACCUUGGAAAGUGGCACCCAGUGUGUGCGGAUGGUGUCAGUCAGGAAACUCAGAACACCUUCUGCAGCAGGUUGGGCUGUGGAAAAGUCGUCAACUUCAGCAAAUAUGGAGCCUCUAAAGCUGAGGGACUCUCAGGCAUCACCUGUGCAAAUAACCUUUCCACAUGUGAUUUCAGUAAAACUAAGAUCCAGGUGUGUUUUACUGGCCAUCUCAACUGUUCAGGCUGGACAAGGCUGUUCCUUACUCACCCUCACAGUGCAUGUGUGGGUAAGGUCUAUGCCCAGGACCAUAAUGGCCUGCUUAAAGUAAGUGGAGAAAACUGGGGGCCAGAAAAAGGAUAUGAGCUGUGUAAGUAUCUGAACUGUGGGAAUUUGAGAAAUUACAGUGAAAAGGAUGAGAACCAUAACAGAACCUACAACUGCGGGGCACAGAACGACAUCUUGGACUGUAGCGUUAACAAUAAACAUGCACAGUUCAAGCAUCUCAGCAUCAAAUGUGAUGGAAAUCCUGUAGUAAAUCUUCUGGGGAACUGUACGGGAGAGGUGAGGAUCAACCAAAAGGAACGUAUGUGUGGGGUUUCGCAGAACACAGGUCGUGUCCUCAAUGAGUUGUGUCAUCACCUGAACUGCAAACAUCUCAUCACCUCCUGGUUCCCUAAAUCCAAGGGAAAGGCGCAAUACUUCAGCUGCACGGGCCACGAGAACAGACUGUGGCAGUGCAGCUCCUGGACAGACAACUGUGACAGAGUCAUCUCAGUGGCCUGUGCAAACAGCGUUGAAUUCAACUUCACUGGGAAAUGUGGAGGUGAGCUUCAAGUGCGCUACCGUGGAAACUGGGAACCACUGUGUCUCAACAGCAUUGAAGACGCUCAUAUGAUAUGCAGAAACCAGAAUUGUGGAAAAGCCUCCAGCUAUAAGAAUUUACAUUCAAGUGAAGGAGUACAGACGUCAUUUAAAUGUGAAAAGGGAGAGACUGAUCCAAAGUCCUGCGUCAAAUAUGAAUCCUGCCAGGAAGGAAAAGCCCUAAUCUACUGUGAAAAAUAUGUCCCUGUGGUGAAAGUUGUUCCACCAAACACUGGCCUUAUUGUGGGUCUCGUGGUUGGUCUCCUGUUCAUGCUGGUGGCCAUAGCCAUCAUGAUCUGGCAGAGAAAACGCUUCCUCACCAUCUUAAGAUUAAAGUCUUCUGGUGGAGAAAAGGACGCAGAGCUCAAUAAUAAGGAAAUGCAGGAUUUAAAUAAAAAAAACAGAGAUAUGCAUGACAGAAAGUCGUCUGUGUUUGAAAUGGAUGACUAUGAGGAUGUUGAUCCCAUCAUGAAUCCAAUGGAGGACGAACCCAAAAGCCAAAAGCUGCAGCACGCUGAAGAUGAAGAUGAUGAAGAGAGUCGAAGUGGAGGCUCCUCUAGGACUCAAUAUGAUGAUGUUGAGGAAAGUAGUGACAGACAGCAAGAGCCUGAGAACAGCAGCCCUGCUGAGCCACUCCUUCCCCCCAGACCUGCUAACUUACUUGAUGAUGUAAGUUAUGAGGUUGAGCUGGAGGUACUGGAUGACUAUGACGAUGCAACACCUGCCCAGGCCGCGGUCAGUGAGUCAGGAGAAAGUCCUGGCUCAGAGGCCAGCGAAGCAGCAGAUAUGUUGGUAGGACCUGAUGGUUAAACCGAGCCAGAGAGACACGAGUGAAUAAAGUGAAUUUCAGGCUGUUAGAGAAGUGUGACUUUAGAUACAAAAAUGAUGUGCUGCCUUACAUGGUUGAUUCAUGUAGUGCAGUUGAUUUUGUUCUUGUUUUCUGUUAUUUUCUUUUUAGAUAGAUAGAUAAACUUAAGCAAACUGUAAUUUCCUGUUAUUUUCUCAUAGAUAGAUAGAUAUUUUAAGCAAACUGUUUUUUAUUUAUCGUCAGCUUUUUUGUGUUUUGUGCCUUCAGAUUUGCCGAAUAACUUUCAUUUUGGUGCAUUACUAAUAGAUUUGCUUUAUUCAUGUGUAUUAUACAUGGUUUGUUGAUUUUCUGAGUGAUAAGUGAAAUGUGGCAUGUAAAAAGUUAUGACUUUUUAUAUUGCAUGUUUUAUUAGUUUUUAUAUUAAAUU